AUGGCUUUCGGCACCCUCGAGAGCUCAGCAGGCAGAGAUUUCAAAUCCCACUGCCAGAGGAUGCUUAGCAUGUCGGAGGACUGCAAGGAAGUAGGCGACUCGGACUGCGGCACAAGUGACUGCAGCUUCCUGAACAACCACUCCUACAAGGGCCGUAACUUCUCUGGGAACUAUGCGAGCGACAGUGCGAGUGUAAAGUUACCGGACGCCGGUGAAGCUCCCACGCCGAUCCCCGUAACUGCCACCACCCACGGUCGUGAACCACCCAAGACUGCCAAGACAAAAAGCGUACGUGAUCUCGAGUGCGAGGAGUGUCUGCGUCGUUUGCACAGCCUAGCCGUUGGCGACAAUGUCUACUUUCGCCGCACCGUGCUGGGUUUGUGCGAGGAAAGCGACAGUUCGGAAUUCGGGAACUACGUGGAGGGCAAGGUCACUUGCUUCUCGUAUGACUUCAUGCGGCGCUACAUUAUCGUCACGCUGGACGGUUAUGGGUGUCUCAAGUUCACGUUCGGCGACCUGCACGCAAUGGCAGUUGAUCGUAAUGUCUAUCUGCAGCGUUUGCAACAAUCGGGCAUACUGACUAAGGCGCAACGGCAGAAGCGCCAGCGGUCGUACUACGAGGAUGAGUACGUGACGCGUCGUUCGUUCAGCAACCACAUGGCCACUGAGGAGUCAGAAGACCACACUCACGACAGUGCAUACGCCUCUUCUCAUAUCGCACAUUCUGAAUCUGGAGCCGCAGCUGCUGCGGAUUCACAGGGGACACGCACCCGUCCCGUGCCCCCUGGAGCUGAGACCAUCUGCCGAUGUCGGUUCAUCAACAAAGUGGACUUGGUGCAGAAGCUGCGCAGCACGAUUAACCAGAACAAGCAGGAAUUCUACGAGAAAACCGAAUCAAUGCAGGAGCUACGUCUGAUAAUGUCGCAGAACGUGCGCGCGUACGAGCUCGAAAUGGUCGCCUACCUCCUCGGAGAGGACCCCUGGGCGUACUCCUCGAAUCAGUACGAUCGGCCGACCGACGAGCAGAUUAAAGAGAUUGUGGAGCAAUACGGCGCUGCAGCCCGUAAUGCUGAUUACUUGGCUCAUUUUGCCAACUGGCAGAAAUUCCAGAAGCAGGUUAAGAGCGAGGCCAAAGGCGUCCCUAACUCGGCUGCUGGAUCCUCUGCACCCUAG